GAUCUAGGUUAGAUGUUCGGAACACCCGACCCAUUAACACGAGAACCAGCGAAAACCUAGGUUCCACAGCCGGCUUGACGAGAGCGCAAAGACGUCGACAACCCAAAUCCCUGCAAAAAUUUCAACGGAAAGAUCUCAAAAAUUCAAUUUCCCCCCCUCUCCCUUCUGCCUCAGUUCUAUCCAAUUGAAACCAAUAUCAAAGAGGAAGAAUGCAAACAUCUAUACGGAGAACGAUACCCAAGUUGAGAAAUCCCUCACCCUCUUCUCUCCACUCUGCGCAAUUUCAUUCGACUCCCAUUUUGCUUGGCAAAUGGAACAGCAGCAAGGAUGCAGGAAGAGGUCAGAAACCAUCUAAGGCUCAAGUAAGAUUUGCAGUUCGUCAGAAGCGUUCUGACACAAAAAGAGCUCUUAAGGACUUCCUACUCUAUGGCAAAUCCUCCAAGCAUUACUCUCAGGAUGACGGUUUUAAUUGGUCUGCUGAAGAAACUGACAGACAAGAUGCGAAAGCUAAAAAUAGUUCACACGGAUCGAAAAGCUCUGGGAAAUCUAACCCCAACAGUUCGACGCACUCUGGCAGAGGCAAACACAAGACUUGGAGACGGAAGCAGCAAUUUUAUGACAUAGAUGAUGACGGCUUGAAUCCAGAGAAUAUUUUUACAGCUACAUUUGGAGGGCAAAAAUGCUACACUUGGUCCUUCACAUGGACAGAGAAUUUAAAUUUUAACAAUACAUGGAGGGGAUUUGACUUCGGCGGCGAAUCAAAAAAGGAAAAAGCUCGGGAAAAAUUCUGGAAUGAAAGUGAUUUUGAUGAGGAUGAGGAACCAACAAGGGAUGUAGGUUGCCAUGCUCAUAGGGUCACUCUUGGCUUGCCGACUACUGGUCCCUUAAAAUUGGAUGACAUUAAAAACGCUUUCAGAACUUCUGCUUUGAAGUGGCACCCUGACAAGCAUCAAGGUCCUUCACAGGACAUGGCAGCAGAAAAAUUCAAGCUCUGUGUUAAUGCAUACAAUUCCCUGUGCAGUGCUCUUAAGGCCUCAUGAGCCACCGACUGUUAGAUUUUUCAUCACAUCGGAGUUCAUCUAGAAAGAUAAAGCAAUGCAUCAUUCAUUCGACAUAAAGCGCUUUACUAUUUGAUUUUAUCAUGUAACUUAAUAGUUUCGACGAGAACUUAAUAAUUAUCCUGCUCCUCCUGUGGGCUGUAUCACAGUUAGAACUCAGGACUCAGGACUCAGGAAGAGAAGGAAAGAGUCCCAAACCCAUAUGGGAAAUCUGUCCUUGUGCAGAUUGUGAAGAAUGAACAACCGCAGGAUCGACGACGAGUCAAUGCCUGAAAGCCGUCCAAAUCAAUCGCCUCUUGGCCGUGCCUUCGAAUAUCCUCAACAAUGUGCUUGAAGAUAGAAUACACUGGAGCAUGACCUUGGAUCGUCCCAAUGACAUUUUCAGUCUCACGCCAACCCAACCUUUCUAAAACCAAUAUCUUGGACAAAGCAAAUAGUCUUGAGUGCUACCAUGAACUUGGCCUGCUCUGCUUCCCUUCUGACAGUAAUUAUUUUGGAGAACGCAGCAAAGAACUUCCCUUUGUGAUCUUGAA